CCUUGAAAUGAGACCUUUUUGGUUGGGUUUCAUGUACGAAUCCGAGCCUCGAGCGGGGACUGUCUGUCUAUGCCUAUUGCCUCACGCACUGGGGAAGGAGGAGGAGAUGCAUUAAAUUCAAUUCCAAUUCCAAUUCCAAUUCCUUGCCCAUCGAUCUUUCCUUCUUCCAGAUAUACCUUUUAUAUGGCAUCAAGUAGCGAUUCGAAAAGAAUUGCAGAGGAUAAUGAUGAAGAUGAGGAGUUUGAGCAUUUUGAUGAUUUUACUGUUGCAUCUUCAUGGGAAAGGUUCAUAUCUGAAAUAGAGGCUGUUUGCCGACAAUGGCUAGCUGAUGCUUCUAAUAAUCUAUUGGUAAAGGAUGCUGUUCGACUGAACCCUUUGAAGGAUUUGUACAAGGUCAAAUCUGAGUUCAAGUAUGCUAUGAAAACUUAUUGCAUGGACUACUAUUUUGUGACACAAAAUAAUGAUAAAGUUCUUGAUUGGGAUCAGACAUUGGAUUAUCUGCAGAUAUCUUUCGGGGUGAACGAGUUUUUGGUGAUUGCUCCGCAAAGUGCUAGUGGAGUGGUUCUAGAUGCACCAGAAGCAAGCAAACUUUUGAGUGCCACUGCCAUUGCUUUAUCAAACAGUUCAUGUCGCUGGCCUGCAUUUGUUCCAGUGCAUGACCCCACACGGAAAUCUUAUAUUGGUAUUCAAAAUAUGGGUACAGUCUUUACUAGAAGAUUUGAAGCUGACCGCAUUGGCAGCCAGGUCCCAAUAAAGCUCAUGCAUUUGGAAGGAUUAUAUGAGCUGUUUGUAUCCAAGUUUGCCUUUGCUACAGUGGACUGGUCAAUGCAUCACUUUGAAGUCCAUUUUAAGAUGAAAUUGACCUAUAGGACCCCUGUCCACGAUGAUGAGGACGAAAUUGAAGGAACAGAUGCUGAAUUCACAGAAUCCGCCGAAAAUCCUGAGAAUGUGACUCGUGGAAAAAUUCAAUGGGAUGAUGGUUGUCCAUGGAGUAAGUGGUACUCUGCAGAGGACCCUAUCAAAGGGUUUGAGUUGCUUGCCUUGUGGUCUGAGAUAACAGCUGAAACUUCUCUGGAUAUGGCUGAAUUGGAAAAUGUGUCACCACUUGAAGCUGAUAAGUGGUUCUUACGUCCAUGUCUUUCCCCAAAUAUCAGUGGAUUUUCAAAUGGAAGCACCACUGGAUUUGCAUCCCAGCUGCGCCAUUUAGUCAAGGCAUUGGAAUUAUCAAUGGAGGCUAAAUUUGUUGAAGAUUUUGUAUCAGUUGAAAGCUCUGGUUCUGAAAAUCUGAAGUCUUCAGCAGUUGUACCUCCACCAACUGUUCUUGACCGCAUUGUGAAGAAUCUCUUUCAUGAAGUCACAGAACAAUUGGAUUCCUCUUUGAAUGAGCAUAAAAGUUCCCGAUCAAUUAAAGGCGCUCCACUUGAAUCGCUCUUUGCCCUGUUCUGUUUGCAUGCUCUUUGGGUUGGCAACUGCAGUAUACGGGCUAUUGCUGUAUUAUGGAUAGAGUUUGUACGGGAGGUUCGUUGGUGUUGGGAAGAAUCUCUGCCAUUGCCAAGAAUGCCUGCCAAUGGAACCAUUGACCUAUCUACUUGUUUGAUUAAUCAGAAACUUCACAUGCUUUCUAUAUGCAUCGAGAGAAGGUGUCAAGUGGUUAAAAAGCAAGAUGGAACAUCUAAACCUGUGAGUUCUCAUGAAGAAUUUCAUGAUGCAAAAAGUAUAUCUGCUUCUCAAGAAGUUAGUCAUGGACUUGACAAGAAAUAUGACAGGAAUUUUUCAGCUAAUGCUGCAGAGCCAAUGAUGCUUUUAAAAUCAUGCAAGAUUUUGAAUGCUCCAAUAACCCAGGAUCCACCUCCAAUGACAGAAGACAUGCAUGAAGAAAGGCUUACAGCUGCUGAAGCCUUAGGUGUUUCUUCUAGCUUCUCAGCUCAACUUGAAAAGGACAUACUGGCAUCUGACAUGUCUGCAUUCAAGGCAGCUAAUCCAGAUGCUGUCUUUGAAGACUUUAUUCGUUGGCAUUCACCGAAGGACUGGGAAAAUGAUGAUGGUAAUAAUGAGAGUGGAACAUCUCAAACUAAUUCAGUGAACAAGUCAGAAGUCAAGUGGCCACCUCCUGGAAAACUUUCAGAGAGAAUGUCUGACUUUGGGAAUUCAUGGAGAAAGAUAUGGAAUGAAGCACUGCCUUUAUCCUCUAACAAGCAAAAACCACUCCUCGAUCCAGAUAGAGAAGGAGAAAAGGCCCUUCAUUAUCUGGAGACACUCAAGCCGUAUCAAUUGCUGCAACAAAUGGUCUGCACGGCCUUCCGAGCUGCAGCAGACACUCUUAAUCAAACUCCAAUCGGUGAUUCAAAACAGAUGACUGUAAAAAUGGGACAAUUAUAUGUCACUAUGUCAUCCACACUGAAGUACUUGCAGCCACAUAGCACCACAAGAGAUGACGAAGUUAUUGAAGAUCUCAAUGGGCUAUGCAGCACUUUCAAACACAUUGAGAAGUUAAUUCUACUGGCAGCUUCUCUACAUCGCAAAUUCUUGCAGUCGCCACAGCUUGCACAAGCAAUAUCCAGUGAUUGCUUUGACUACUAUCUCCCGACUAUGGGAACAGCUGCUUCAGCAGGGAGUACAAAGAAGGAAUUUGAAAAAUGGCAGCCGGUGAGGUCUCGAGACAGGAAUUCAAUCAUGGCGAUGUUCCCUCCACCGACUGCAAACCAGUCAUGGAGGAAAGUUCUGAGCAUGGGGAACCUCCUCAACGGGCACGAACCCAUUCUGAGAGAGAUUGUGUUCUCUAAACGUGACCACGUGAGUGGAAGCUACCACGCCGACCCUCGCCCUGCUCGGCGGCUUGAUGAACAUGAUGACAUAGAAACAUAUAGAAUGUAUGUGUGUGGAACAUCAAAUGAUCUUAAGGUUGCACUUGCUGUCACUUCCCAUGAUUGAAUUAGUUUCCAUUACUCCAUUGAUGCUAUGAUUGAUACACAUACAGUUGUGUUUGAUUGGCCUUAUCUUUGCUAUUGAUCAGUUUGGAAGGUCUUGCUACU